AUGGAGUUUUCGGAUCUGGGACUUGACACGGCAAUGGAGAAUCCGGUCACCGGCCGUCCACCGGACAAACCUCCCGACACGCCGUUACUCUUCAAAGGUACGAAACCCUCGUUCCGAGACAUCACCCUUCUUUCGAAGCCACUUCCACCGCCGCCCCAAAAGCGAGAUUUGUUCAAGGAAGAAAAAGCACGGAUCAAGCUGAUUGACAACGAUCGAUUGAAGCCGGUCUUGGAGCUGGACCCUGAUUAUUACGCUUCAGUUUGCCGGUCGUACGAGGAUGGGCUGGUGGUCCGUCUGUUAGGUAAAAAAGUAUCCUAUUUCUACAUGAAAGAGGGGCUUAAGCGUCUGUGGAAGCCUCAUGGGCAUCUUGAGCUAAUUGACUUGGCCAAUGGGUUUUUUAUGGUGAAAUUCACAAGAGAAGAUGAUCGGGACACAGCACUGAACGGAGGGCCUUGGAUGCUUUCCGGCCAUUAUGUCACUGUUCAAAAAUGGACUCCACAGUUUAAUCCUUUCAAUGAUGUGAUUGAACACACUUUGAUUUGGAUUCGGUUUUCAGGGUUAAAUAUCGCAAUGUUCGACGAAAACAUAAUGUUUUGCUUGGCAUCGAUGGUGGGCACGCCAAUCCGGAUAGAUCUCAAUACUUCGAAUGUUGAAAGGGGAAAGUAUGCUCGAGCUUGCGUCCAGAUUGAUUUGAACCAACCAGUUGUUGGCCAGGUGGGAUUUCAGGGAAUUUGGUACAAGGUGGAAUAUGAAGGUCUCUACUUACUGUGCCCCUUAUGCGGUCGAUAUGGCCACAACCGAAACACAUGCUUCUUUGUAAAGCCAACAGGGUCUGAGGGGCCGGUGCCCUCAAUCGAUAAGGGCAAGUCCAUUAGUACUGAUUCGGCCAUGAACUCCCCUGUCGAACUACAUGGCGAAUGGCUUGUGAAUCACCGAAGGAAGAGUGGCAAACCAAACAAAAAUGCGGGCAAGGGAGAGACGUCUUCUGCGCGUAUGGGUGCUCCCAAGGAACCUUAUAAGGAGAAGUCGAAUCCUCAGAAACAGGUUAAACCUGCUUCCUUUAACCAUUCUAAAAAGGAGGUGCCGGGAAGUUCUCGAAAGGUCACUCAAACACACCAGGUGCCUUCGGUUGAAACCGAAUUGACCCAUGCCUCUGCAAAAAAAUGUCGUCAUACAGGCAUAGAUAAGGGAUUUAUCCCUAAGCAGACACAAGAUGUCCCUUCAACCUCCAAAGGGGUUAUAAUUGCCAACAAAUUCGAGUGCCUAAAUCCGAAUGCGGGGGACACCUGUGGAGGCAUGGGUAUGGAAGUUGAAGAUACCAACGAAGGGAAGGAUCUGGAAGCCCACUCCAGACCACCUGAUGUUAUUACGGGAGACCGGAUUUAA